GCGGAAGUCGAGGGCGCUGACGCCGCUGCGGGAACUCCUCUUCGAAGGCACCUUCCUGUCCGCGACUCCGCCCCCGCCCAAGGGGCUCGGCUCGGGAAUUCAAGAUGGAGUCGCUGAGUCGAGCUGGGCAGGAGAUGAGCCUAGCGGCCCUCAAGCAACACGACCCCUACAUCACCAGCAUCGCAGACCUCACGGGCCAGGUCGCUCUGUACACCUUCUGCCCCAAGGCCAACCAGUGGGAGAAGACUGAUAUAGAAGGGACCUUAUUUGUAUAUCGAAGGUCAGCUUCACCUUACCAUGGUUUUACCAUUGUGAAUCGACUGAAUAUGCACAAUCUAGUUGAACCAGUGAAUAAAGAUUUGGAAUUUCAGCUGCAUGAACCAUUUCUUCUGUAUAGAAAUGCAAGCUUGUCAAUAUACAGUAUCUGGUUUUAUGACAAGAAUGACUGUCACCGCAUAGCCAAACUCAUGGCCGAUGUUGUAGAAGAGGAGACACGGCGGUCCCAGCAAGCUGCUCGGGAGAAGCAGAGCCCCAGCCAGGCCAAUGGCUGCAGUGACCACAGGCCUAUCGACAUCCUGGAGAUGCUAAGCAGAGCCAAGGAUGAGUAUGAGAGGAAUCAGAUGGGUGACUCCAAUAUCUCCAGCCCUGGGUUGCAGCCGAGUACUCAGCUCUCCAAUCUGGGAAGCACCGAGACUCUAGAAGAGACGCCAUCCGGGCCACAAGAUAAGUCUGCUCUAUCUGGACACAAACAUCUGACAGUGGAAGAAUUAUUUGGAACCUCUUUGCCAAAGGAACAGCCAACAGUUGUUGGUCUGGAUUCAGAAGAAUUGGAUAAGCUGCCAGGAGAUGCCUCCCAGAAAGAGCCCAGCUCAUUCCUACCAUUUUCCUUUGAGCAGUCAGGAGGGGCCCCUCAGUCAGAAAACCUGGGUGUGCAUCCUGCUGCCCACCACUCAGUCCAACCUGAAGUCACCACCCCAGUGCUAAUCACUCCUGCCUCCAUCACACAGUCCAGUGAAAAGCAGGCCCCCAACUAUGCGAUCCCGUUGCGCCCUGUGCUCAGUCCCACUCUGCCAGCAGAAGCUCCUCCUGCACAGGUUCCUCCUACCUUACCCCGAAAGACCGCCAUGAUGCAGGCAGUGAAGACCACGCCUAGACAGAGGUCUCCGCUCCUGAGUCAGCCAGUCCCUGAGCUGAGCCACGCCAGUCUAACUGCCAGCCACAGCCCCUUCAGGGCCCCACAGAGCAUGACAAACACAGCUGGUCCGUCCCUCCCAAGCAUUGAUCUUCUCCAGAAACUCAGGUUGACCCCACAGCAUGACCAAAUACAGAUACAGUCACUUGGGAAAGGUGCAGUGGCACCCAGCUUUUCUCCAGCAGCCGGCCAGCUGGCCACGCCUGAGAGCUUCAUAGAGCCUCCCCCUAAGACAGCAGCAGCAAGAGCCUCAGCCUCGCUGAGCACCAUGGUGCUUGCUCCCCUUCAGUCUAUGCAGCAAAACCAGGAUCCUGAAGUCUUUGCCCAGCCUAAAGUGUUAUCCAGUGCCAUUCCGGUUGCUGGCCCCCCACUGGUUACUGCAACAACCACGGCAGUGUCUUCAGUCCUGCUGUCCCCAAGUGUGUUCCAGCAGACAACUACAAGGUCCACAGACCUUGAGAAGAAAGCAAGCUCGCCUUCUCCUCUAACCGUUGGAACAUCAGAAAGUCAGAGAAAGCCUUCCAUUAUUCUGAGCAAGUCUCAGCUCCAGGAUACAUUAAUACAUCUAAUAAAGAAUGAUUCCAGCUUCCUCAGUAUGCUUCAUGAAGUCUACUUGCAGGUUCUGACCAAGAACAAAGACAACCACAACCUAUGACUGGAGCAGGAUGAAUCUGAAGGCAGAACGUCGACCUCAGAAACACGUAGGCCUCGUCAUGGAAACUUCUAAACAGAACAUUGACUUUUGAGAAUCCUGAAAUUGAGCCUAUGAAAAAGAGACUCGUUCCUUAAGAAUGUUUUCCAAGUGACGUUCUCAGUGAUAAUGGAGGUUUCACUGUGAAGCAUCACCAGCAGACCUUUGUUUUGACAAAAAAAAGACCAUUGUGUUAAGUUGUAUGGGUGUUUUCAUUAGCUGUGAGCAAGUAUGAGACUAAGGAGCCUGAGUCUCAGCUUGCUUUCACUCUCAAGGUCUUAGGGAGGAGUGGCCACGGUUCAGCCCUGCCCACACCCCUCCGGCCUCCACUCCCCUCUCCCCCUCCUCCCUAGAAACUUGAGCAUUAGGCUAAUAGUUAAGUUCUGAACAGAGCAGAAGUCAGCUCUGUGCUAAUUGGCUUCAUGAUUUAAGGAUCAAUGUUCAAGUUGGCAAAUUAGGACUAAUUUGUUCAAGUGAAGUAUGUUUUAUAUGAAUGCCCCAUUUGGGCCUUAAAAGUUCUGAAAUUUCUUAAUUCUGUUUUGUUUUUAAGUGUCCCCAGUGCUGGCAUGCGGUGGGCUCCCAACAUGGGUUACCAUUAGAAUAGGGCCCUGACGGGCCCUGUGGUGGUGUGGGAGCGGGCGUGUCACACCUUUGAAGCAAAGGCUGGGGCUGGUAAAGCCUGAAUUCUAUCAGAAAUGUUCACUUUAAGUUAGACUCUCAGUGGUUUUGAAAAUGUUAAGUUUGUGUGUGAAGCAUAGCCUUACUUUCCUUCUCUGUCUAAACACAGUCAGAAGUCAUUGUUGAUUGUUUUCCUCAACAUUGACAAAAGGACCAGUGGACCAAUCUGACAAAGCCAUUCUGGUUUAAUUCCUCGAGUCUACUGAGAAUAGUUUUAAAGCUAUGCAGAAAAGGGAGCUGUUAUUCACACUGCCCUUACUUUAUUGUAGAAUAUGGAGUUAAAAACAGAGUGUGAAAUUCAGAACUUUACCAAUGUAUUCCUAGGCUGUGAGUACUUUUGCAGCCCAAAGUGUGAAAAUAUGUAAAGAUGCUUUGUAUGCUGCUAUUGAUCUGCCAUGAUUUCUAUUUAUUCUUUUACGGCAUGUAAUGGUGAUCAGUAAUAUUUUAAUGUAGAUUUUGAUUUAUUUCAGCAAUAGUAAUUUUAAGAUAUUCUUUGAAUGAAAGUGUCUUUGUUUCUAUGAUACAGGUCAUUUUGUAGUAUUUAACCAAUUAAGAUGCACUGCUUACUUUUCUGAGCACUAUUUAAUGAUGGGGUGAAAACCCAAUUGGCUCAACCAGCUAGCAUAAGGAUUAGCUGUGAAUAGCGCUGGCAGAUGUGAUGGUUCCUCAGGAACAAUCGUUUAAGCUUUAAUGGUAACUCAGUCAGAAGUCCAUAGAUUUUUUUCUAGCUGAGAUUUUAGAAAAUUACUUGUGAAUUACAUGCGUGUUUUAGUUUGGUCUUAGUUUUUUAGCAUAAGGAAUAUUUUGUUUGAUUGGCUUUUGUUAAUCUAAACAUGUUUCCUGGACAACUCUUCUGCUUCUCAGUUUACUGUCUUCUGUUGCUGUCUCCCUAGUUGCUUGUGAACUGUGCAGAAGUCAGGGAAGCUUCUAAGUUCUCAGACUCAAUUAGAAAUAGUUUGUUUUCAAAGGUAGUGUGUAAAUUCAGCAACCAGAAAUGAAUUGCUCAUGCACCACCUGGGAAAGAGAAAUUUAUGGUAAGAUAGAGAGUGUUGCUGACACCAGGAGGUAGUGUCCAGGGAGCCACGUGCCUGUUCUCAGAAAACAGUUGCACCGGUAGGUGUGAUCACACCCCGAGUGUGGUCUCGGUGGGCUUUGGUAAGUGGAAGAGUCAGGGGAUUCUUAUUAUAAUAGACAUUUGAAUUGAAAUGAUGAUUUGAGUAUGUAUGAUAUUAUGAGUUGAGGAAGUAUCGUAAAGAGGGUCUAUAAUCAAAUCUGAUGAUGUUCACCCUUGAACCCAAGGAAUGAAUAUGAUAGACGGUAAAGAGAAUCUGUGAUAAAGUUUCCUUAGUGUGAAAGUAAACUUUUAAGUGCCCAAGUCAUGGAGACUUGAAAAGGAUAAACCUGUUCCAACUCCCAAAUUCAUGUAUUCAAAGCAUUUACUUAAAAUUCAGAAACCAGAAGUUCACCAUCACGAUUACCAGGAAGUUCAGGCCAGAAUGAGUCCCUGGAACACUCAGGCCACGCCUGCACAGUCGCAGUUGUAUGACCCUAGCCCGACAGUCACGGUUCAGUUGCCUUAUUCCUCCUUCAGGCUACUGUCCAGAACCUCAUGCUAGCUUAGGCUGCAUGUGUACCUUGCUGCAGGGAGUUUAGUGGAACCCUAGUUUUAAACCUUAGUUAAUCAGAAAGGACACCAAAACAGAGAGACUUCUUGCUAGGUUUUGCAGAACUCUAGGUGACCUGCAUUUAGGCCACCCUGUCUAUCUAGAUGCCCACCCUCAACCCCAGUGGGUGUCACUGCUCUACUUAUGAUGUAAUUAAUGUGAUGUCUUUGAAUGGACUCCUGCAUCUCCAGACAGCCUUGUUCCUUUAAGGCAGAAGCUCCUCAUUGUGCACCUCUCCCGAGAUUUGUAAGGUGUGACUGAAUUCUAGGUUUUCAAGUGACUGUAGGUGUCAGGAGAAGCAUUUCAUGCCAUCUGCAUGUGAAUGUCCACAGCUUCCUGUCGAAGGCUUGUGAGUAGCCAUCAGAGUGCUGUUCUGUCAAGAGCCCAAGUUGACCUGGGUCCUUCUCUGCCGGAGGAUGUACAGGCUUAGUUUAGAAGAUGUCUGACCCAAUUUUACAUGUAGAGCAUUUGUUCUUUUUCUGCUUAUGUUUCCUUGUAAAAAUUAUAAACCCCAUUGAAUCCUUUCCUAGGUAAAUAUUUUUAAACCGUGCAGCUUUAUUACUCUCCUCCCCAAAGAAUGUAGUUUGAAAUUGUCUCAUUUUGGUAGUAGAGGCCAUAACUGCCAUUGUAUUACUAAUAAUGCAACAUGAAAUUGAAGGUGCCUAACUGCUUAAAAAACAAAAUUAGCCAUCAUACUGUAACUCUGGGCAAACGGAACACAGAGGAAUGAGAGGUGGCGCAGGCACGAGUGGGCUCAGUCCGUGUGAAGACACGCAUCGCAGGGACGUGCGUCCUGCCUUCUUGCUGCACGUUUGCUGCUGAGCACGUGUUUCUUUCUGACCUGGCUUUGGUUUCCUCCACUUGUAUUCAUAGUAUCUUCUGGAACCAAUGGUGCCCUGUGUUUUCAAGUGUCUAAAAUCUUAAGAUUGGAACCAAGUAAAGCAACUUACACUGACUUUAAAAGCUGUGCUUGAGAACAUUUCCCUGAGUGGGCCGGGGCCGCAAGGAGCCUGUUCUUCAGCAGAUUCAGCAGGAGAGAUGUGUGCGAUGUCUCACUCAGUUUUAUAUUUAACAUCCUCAUUUGAAAUGCUGAGAUGCAAUAUCGUUCACUUUGAGUGGGGGAAAUGCAAAAUUGUGUUUCCCUUUUAUCUGUGUGAUUCCCUAAGAAACACGUUUUUAAAAUAAUGUGUUCUGAGUGGUUUUUUAUUCUGUAUUACUGCUUUGGCUGUGUGCUCUCGUGACUUUCAGUAUACCAGACUCUCUGUUUUCUGCAGUGGGAGGAUGAGAAGCUCUGGAAUCACAGCAAGAUUUUUGUUCCAUGAGCGCAAUACUGCAUCAGUAACGUUUUUAAUGGUAUGGAUUUUAUAUCAUCUGUGUAUGUUUGCAAAUAUUAAGUUAUUACAUGUUUUCAAAUGAGCAUUUUUCAUCCUAAAUUUUAUAUGUUUGCAAAUAUAUUUUUUUAAUAAAAGUUCAAAACCAAGUUUUAGCACCUA